AUGGCAACUCUUUUAGCGGCUCUUCCGAUUGGUCUCUCAGUUCCCUCACCUACACUGAGUCUGGGAAGCUCCCUUUCACAAUGUGCAGCUGACCUCACAUCCUGUAGUUUUCCCUCUUCAUUAUCACUUCACAACAUGAUUUACUUUGCUGGGUCGCUGGUGACAAGGUUUGUAAAAUUCCAUACAUGUCAAAACGUGACUCGGCAAUGUGAAUUGCAAAUCAAGAAUGCCACUUUUCCGGAUGAGAGUCAACUGUUGUUGUAUUUGAGUGUGGAAGGAGCGGCUGAAGGAGACCUUGGAAGCCUCUCAGUUCUUUCACCUUGCUUUGUUUCCUUCAUUCAAGCUUGUGAGAAGGUUUUUAUGACGUCAGUUGACAGUCUGGUCUUAAAAGAAUGUGUUGGAAAGGCGUUGUGCAUCACUCUUCAUGAGAAGGUCGAAAAGCUGCUGACUCUCAGCAGUGAGGAUGUCUAUAAUGAUUUAUUUCCUUUGUUUGCAAGGGUGCGGCUUCAUUGGUUUGCCCGUAAACAGAAUACUGAGCUCCUUGAUGCAGCUGUGAGACGAAAAACUAAGCAACAAGUCCAGAGGCUGUGCAGAUAA